AUGCCGCCAGGCAACACCGCGAGCCACGAAGAGGCCGAGCCGAAGGGUGAAUCCUCCGGCCAGGCGUUUUCGCUCGAGAACAUCCUCAGCGGAGACCACGAAAAUAUCGAGCACCCUACCGCACCCAAAGAGGCGCUGACGUCGGCCGGCGGAUGGGACGAAGAGACCGCGGGGCAGGAGACCGUCGCGCAUGGGUUCUGUGUAGAAUGCGAAGAUCAGCCUGCCCAGGUUUUCUGCGAGACGUGCUCGGAUAACUUCUGUGAAGUCUGCUUCCACGCCCAGCACCGGAAGGGUACUCGGAAACGACAUGCUACUCGUGCGCUCUCAGGACCUCAGGGGAAGAAGGCCAAGACGGAAGAGGCCAAGCCCACGAACGGAGAAGCCACGAAUGGAGACGAGAUGACUGUGGACGACGAAGAAUCCGACGAGGAACUAGAACGCGCCGCAGAUGAGGGUUCUUCCUCCGCCAAGAUCGACAUCGUCCUCUCUUCGCAGCCUACGCCCGGAUCAGCCGUCGGCGAAUGGUUCGUCGAGCGCUCGAAGUUCAUUCCCGUACGCCUCACGCUCGAGGAGCGCAAGUUCCUCCGCCUGCUCGAGGCCGCGCUCAGCGUAUCGGAGUAUACGGACAAGAUCGACACCAUUGGCUUCGGCCUUUCCAAGGCGAAGCGGAUCGUUCACCAGAUCCGUGAGCUAUGCGCGAUCCUGUCCGGGCUCGUCCUUUCCGCAGACUACAAGCAGGGGCAGGAGCUCUUCCAAGACCGCGACUUCGCGUCGAACGACAAUUUCUACCAGGGCAUAUUCGAGCUCGGCCGGCGGCAUAAGAUCAUGAACCCUGACAAGAUGCGCUCGACGUAUGGCAAGCUCAUCUACUUGUUGCAGGACAGCCAAACACCUGAAGUCAAGGACCUGCUUAGCUUCACGUGCGUCAAGCCCAUCAAGACGGUCUUCACCGUACUCGAGGAGCACGACGCGCUCGACCUGCUCCGGGACGACCUCGUCUCGAUUGCGACAAAGGAAAUUUACUCCGAGGGCCGCUCGCGGCGCGAGAUCCAGAAGGACAUCAAGAGCAAGGAGCGUGCGCUUGAGACGCUCGCGAGCAAGUACGCGCGCAAGGGCUUCAGCGAGGAGUCGGUGCGCCAGUGUCUGUACAGUAUCGGCGACAACCAUGCCUUCCUGCGCGCGAACCGUGAUCCGUGCGAGCGCAUGAUCACGCACUUGAAGCAGCACUUCCACCCGACGCAAGCGCCAGACGGCAAACGCAGUCUCGCGAUCAAGAGCGGGAAGGGUGGGGCGCGCCUCACGCACGACCACUCGAAGCAGUACGCAUAUGUGCUACAGAGCUUGACGCUAUGGCGGGAGAUUCUACAUGAUAUGUUCCACUUGUGGACCCUCGCGGAAGGCGAUCUACUCAACGAGAAUGUCCCGUACCGCCUGCGCGAUACCGGUCAGGGCCUGAACCGUGUCCAGGCUGCCCCCAAGACUUCGCGCAUGAUGCACGCUAUCCUGAAUCGUGCACAGCGUAGCAUCGGCUCCUGGGUUGGCUCCUCCGUCAUCCACAUGGGCGACCACAACGUCCCGAAUGCGCUCAUGUUCAUCGACAAGUACUCGCAAGUGUACCGCAUCCUCCUCCCCAUCUGCAACACACUCGACCAGAUCCCACGCAUCAUUGAGAACCCUGCGCUGCGUUCGUAUAUCGAAGAUGAGUGGGGCUCGCCCGAGGGUCUCGCACGCGAGAUCCUCGCCGACUUCUUCCGCCACGGUUUCGACGGCUCCGGCGCAGGCAACUACUUCGACGCAGGUUCGUGUAUCGACGGUCGGCUUACCAGCGCGUGGAAUUGGUGCUCCACGCUGGAGAAGAAGCGUUUCUUCCCAAUUUUCCUACUGUCAGGCUUUAUCGGUUUCGACGGAGAAUGGUAGAACGCCCCGGCUUCAACAUCAAUCGUACUGUUAGAUCGCUUUCGCGCGCACUGCUUUGAUACAUCAUCUGUGGAUACAACACGUCUAUUACAGCUCAUAACACGUAGAUGUUUUUGCACGCAUCGGCGCGCCCCAAGCAUACAGUCCCAUGCGCCCAGUGCAGGAAACCGUGAAAAGCCGCCAGAGCAGCUCCGGUGAUUUUGAUAACGUCUCCGAAAAAUGUAGCGGAAGCGCGCUCAUGCGGCGACAGCCUGCGCGGCUGCCGGGGUCUCCGCGCCUGCUGGGGUAGGGACAGCGGGGGUGACGUUUGUGGGUGCGUCUCCGCCCGCCUUCUUGCGGCUCGCCGAGACAACCUCGAGGACGCUCGCGAGGCCGGCCUUCCACGCCUGCAGCCGCUUCUCGAGCACCUCCCACUGCUCCCGCUCGAAUGCGCGCGCGGUCGCGCGGGUGACGUGCAGCGUUUGCGCCGUCUGCGAGAGCUUGCCAGAAAGGAGACCAGCGCGAAUGACAUCGAUGACCCAUGACUCAACCUGCGAAGGCUCAACCUGCAGCACGGAGGCGAUCACGGAGUACGGAACGUCGCGGCCCAUAUUCUGGAAGCCGAGGGUCGCGAGAGUGAGUAGGCGGAUCUUGCGCUCCAAUUGUGCACUGUCGAGUUCGUAUUUCGCAAUAGCGUCGGCGUGACUGUCGGCCCACGCCUUGUAUUGCGGGAGACCCUCGUUGAGGAAGAUCUGCAGCAGCGCGAAGAGCUCGUGCCCUUUUGCGGCGACUACAGCAUCGAGACGGAAGAGGGUAUCGAAGUCGAAGUAUGAAGGAAGGCGGAGCGCGGCGGCCACAGCAUCGAUUGCUGCUGCCUGGGCGACAGGGGAGGAAGGGGGAAGGGAGCGGACGUAGGAAAGUUGGUACUGGUACGAUGAUGUAGGGUUGCCGGCCUUCGUGAAUGCGUGUACGAUCAGCUUGAGGAACCCGCUCUUCUCCUCGGAGGAGAUCUCCCAUUCCGACAGCCACUUGUCGACCUCAAUUUGGGAGAUGCCGAGGAGCUCGAGCUCGUCGUUGGCGCUCGCAUAAUCGAGGAGAGUUUGGUAGACGGUCAGACGCAGGGGGGAGCGUCGGGAGAUGGAGUUGAAGAGGUUGGAAAGUAUCCGGAACUUUGUGGAGGUGUGAUCGGGGGCCGAGACGAUGGCCUUGAGCAGAGUAUCGAGGCGCGCACGGGUUUCGGGUGCGUCGAGAGCGUAAAGGGUGAGGAAAUGGGAGAAGAGGAGGUUGAAAAAGCCCUCGAUCUCCUUCUCCGUGCCCUCACCCAGUCCCUUCACCUGCUCAAUAACCGAGCCAAGCACACUCCGUCUCCUCUCCUCAUCCUCGUCAAUGGGCUUCUGACCCUCCGGGGUCGUCACGGCAUCCUUGAAAGGUUGCAAGAAGGCUUCCCGGGCAUCUUCAGAAAUAGAGCGGGCCAAGUAGUUUACGAGCUCGAGGAUCUGCUCCUCGAACGUGCCCUCAGCGAAGAUGGAUAUUGAGUCUGUUGCAGCCAU